AGUUCCAUGGUGGUACACAAUGUCAUGAACGCCAGGGGCGCGUGCGGUCAAAAGGCAAGCCGCGAGGGACUCCUGACAAUGCUAGUCAGUGGCGUGCGUACGCAUGACCGACAUACAUGUAUGUGCUGGAGCUUGCUUAUGUACAUUCCACUUGUAACAGUUUUGAGACUAUCCACCAUUUGAUCUUGCCGAUUGCACACUGGGCGUGACACAGUCGAAUUCGUGUCGAGAAUUUUCGAUUUCGAUUCGAGACUCCUCGGUCAAAAAUGAUGAGCAUGAUUGGAACGCUCGUCGCGGAUGGCGGCAGUCUUCUGAGCAGCGUGCCGUCCCUGCUGCUCGUGGGGCUGACGGCCGUGGUUGCCGGCACCGCUAUCGUUGGGAUUCUCGGUAGCAGGCGGCCAACGGGCUUUCCUCCCGGCCCGACGCCAAUCCCAUUCGUCGGCAACGUCACAAGCAUUCGCAAAGAUGGCCAGCCAGUAUGGAUCAACAUGGGGCGACUCGCCAAGGAAUACGGGGACGUUUUCUCCAUCAAACUUGGCGAUAAGUGGUAUGUCGUUCUCAACUCUUUUCGGGCGAUACGUGAAGGUUUGGCAGCCGGACCCGUUGCACUGGCCAACCGACCGCAUUUCUACUCCACUGAUCUCUUUAGCGAAGACUACAGGGAUCUUGGGUAUACCAACUACAGCCCAACUUGGGUGCUGCACCGACAGUUCGCUCUCGGCGCUUUCAGUGAUGUGUAUAGCACCAAACAUAUGGACGCUGUAGUCAACCAACAGUUUACGAGGUACGUGGAACCGCUUCUGGCGUCCGGCGGCGAGGGGCAGUCGGUGGACGGGAUCGGCCUGGGCCAGGAGAUGGGCAUGGGAUCGGUGGUUACGUGGUGCUUUGGACCAGGAAAUGACCAAUUUCAUCGUGAUUUGGUCGAGUUGGUCAGCGUCGAUGUCAGCCUGAACCUGGUUGGCCGUCGCAUCCCCGUGGACAUCUUUCCGUUUCUCCGCUAUUUCCCGCUCUCCUCCAACCGCGUCAUGAGGGACGUGGUGGACAAGUUCAUGACCAUGCUCCGGACUGAGUUCAAGAGCCGUCGCCAGACAUUCCAAGAAGAUGACAAGUUGACGGAUUUGUGCGGCGCCCUGCUGCAUGCUCAGAAAGCAGCUGAAAAAGAGGAGAAAUAUGACUUUCUGACUGAUGUCCACGUAAUUCAGGUCCUCGCAUCUUCGUUUAGGGGGUCUAUUGGCCUUCUGACGACGACCUACUGGGGUCUGGCCCUCCUGGCCGAGUACCCAGACGUCCAACAGAGGGUUGCCAAUGAGAUCCGUGACGUCAUUGGUAAGGAUCGUCAGCCGUCUGUGGAGGAUCGUGCGGCCAUGCCGUACACGGCAGCCACUAUGAUGGAGAUGCUGCGGUUCGGAUCGGUGGCGCCGCUCGGUGUGCCCCGCGCUGCCCAUGAAGACGUCAAAAUCCGCGGCUUCAACAUCCCGAAGGGUACAGUAAUCCUGUACAACAUCUAUGGCACCCAUUUUGACCAGGCAAACUAUGCAAACCCGCACGAGUUCAACCCAGAUCGAUUCUUCGAUUCUGAUGGCUCAGUCAUUGCCUCCCCGGACAACUUCCUCCCCUUCGGGAUGGGUACUCGCAAGUGUCUUGGCUACGUCUUGGCCCAGUCGGUUCUCUUCCUUGCCUUCUCCCGGCUGCUCCAGGGGUACCGAGUGAGCAAACUGGACGGCCAACCCGGGGACGGUAGCUUGUUUGGGCAGGAUCCUCAGUACGAGGGCUCGCGUUGGCCCAAACCGUUCCGCAUCGCGAUAACCAAGGUUGAAUAGCCCAACUCCCUAACACGAUUUACUAUAGGAACCAUCCUGGCAAAUUUCAGAUUGUCGGUAACUGCACGCACGUACGUGUUUCUGACUUUGAUUCUGGAAGUGUGCCAACCCAAUGUAAAAGACUGUGAGUUUAGGGGUACUCUACCCAUCCUGACAGAUUCCAACCAAAAAAAUGCAGUUGGAAUUGGAUGGGUUGAGUUCUGUUAAGGUUAAUUAAAAUUGCCAAUCACAGCUGCAUAAUGUUUUACAAAAUUAUUGAUCUUUUAACAUGCUUUUUAUUUUUUUAGUACUUUAAUGCUUUUUAUCAGAAAAAGUAUAAUCAAUGAAAUUAACAAGAUACGAAUCUGCAUAAUCUUCUAAUGUAUAUACUUUCGUUUUCUAAGCUUAACAUGUAAUGACAGUUUCAAGCAUUGUUUUAAUCAUGUAUAUUUUCCGGCUUAUACGUAAUUUUUGCCAAACCAAGUGGAAUUGAAUGUAGCACAUUAGAAUGUGCAACACGAAAUGAUAACUUGUAACUAUACGGUAAACUAAAAGUAGGAUCAUUUGCUAUUAAUUUUAUAAGCCAUGUUUUUUUUUUUGCCGUUUGAGGCAACAGAAAUCGUUAGUAGGGUGCAUAAAAAACUAAUUGGUUGAAUCCGCUCAUGCAGUUGAUACUUUGUGUAUUGAGGAAAUUUUGACAACAUAAUAAUAAACGCCCAUUUUUGUGGGUCCUGCAUGCAACUCGAUUUUGUUCCUAAUGCACGUCAAAAAUUGCGCCCUAUUUUGAAAACACGGUUGCUUUUCUUCCAAACAAUUCCAUUAUUGGGAUAAUAUCACAGGGUAUUUGGUACUAGUCCUAUCUUCGCUUUGAGCUAGGUUUCUGUCAUUAAAUCGGUAUUUAUCCGGGCAAUUGCAAACUAUCCUAGUACAUGGCUUUAUAAGUGCAAAUUUUAGAUUUAAAAUUUAACUAACAUGCAUGCUAAAGUAUUUGGUAAGCAUUCAUAAUCGAUUAAGAUAAUAACGAAAUCAGAAUAGACCUUCGACAGCAUUGAUC